GUUUGUUUAUGAAUCGAAAUUAGAAACGUUUCAGGUUUUGGGCAUCUGGGAUUCUUUCAAAUACGACCAGAACAGAUGUCGUACGCUUACCUUUUCAAGUACAUUAUCAUUGGAGAUACUGGAGUCGGAAAAUCAUGUCUUCUUUUGCAAUUCACUGACAAACGGUUUCAGACUGUUCAUGAUUUAACCAUUGGUGUUGAAUUUGGAGCCAGAAUGAUCACUAUUGAGAACAAGCCAAUAAAGCUUCAGAUUUGGGAUACGGCAGGCCAAGAAUCAUUCAGAUCCAUUACAAGGUCUUACUACCGUGGUGCUGCGGGUGCACUUCUAGUUUAUGAUAUUACUAGGAGGGAGACUUUCAAUCACUUGGGUAGCUGGUUGGAGGAAGCGAGGCUGCAUGCAAAUGCAAAUAUGACAGUCAUGCUUAUUGGCAACAAGUGUGAUUUGGCUCAUAGAAGGGCAGUGAGCACAGAGGAAGGUGGGCAGUUUGCCAGGGAACAUGGACUCAUAUUCAUGGAGGCCUCGGCCAAAACGGCUCAAAACGUUGAGGAGGCAUUUCUAAGCACAGCUUCAAAAAUCGACAAGAAAAUUCGGGAUGGAUUUAUUGACAUAUCAAAUGAGUCCUAUGGCAUUAAAAUUGGACAAGUUAAUCAAGCAUCUGCCUAUGGAGGAAGGGAUGGCCCUGCUUCUCAACAACGUGGCUGUUGCAGCUGA